UUUUACAUUCCUCUUGGCUGUAUGUAUUUGCACGGAUGCAUGCAGAGGAGAUGCUAAUUUCACAGAAAGACAAGCCAGGAUUGGAAAAAAAGGGGCCGAGCAAGUGAAAGCUAUAGGAAAGGAAAAAAAAAAAACAUAAAAGCCCCCCUCGUCUCUCAAGUAACCUGGCAACACAGAAUCAGCAAUUCCAUACAGUUCUCCUUUUCUGCAUCUUGUCACCUCUAGCUGCUGCAGGCAAAUCGCAUAUCAAGGUGCCCAGGCAGGAUCCAUCAGCCGUGACAAAUGCACUUCAAUUAGCAUCCAUCACCAUCCCGAGGCCAUAAAUUAGCCCUAAAAGUUCAUCAGUCGUCUUUCUCCUUUUAAUCACGCUGGGAUGUCCUUUUCCGUGCUUUCAUGCUGGAUUAUAUCUGGGAGGUUUGGACCGGUUUCAGCAGUGGUUCGUUCUCAUAUAGUGUGACAAGUAGAACCCUAUUAAGGACAUGAGAAGAUUUAUCUAUUGCAAAGUGGUCCUGGCCACGUCGUUGGUGUGGGUGCUUGUGGAUGUCUUUUUACUCCUCUACUUCAGUGAAUGUAACAAAUGCGACGACAGAAAGGACAGAUCUCUACUGCCUGCACUGAGGGCUGUUAUUUCAAGGAACCAAGAAGGUCCAGGCGAGCAGGGGAAGGCGGUGCUCAUCCCGAAAGACGAUCAAGAGAAAAUGAAAGAGUUAUUCAAAAUCAAUCAGUUUAACCUCAUGGCCAGUAACUUAAUUGCUUUAAAUAGAAGCCUGCCGGACGUGAGACUGGAAGGAUGCAAGACCAAAAUUUAUCCAGAUGAACUUCCCAACACAAGCAUAGUAAUAGUAUUCCACAAUGAGGCCUGGAGCACUCUGCUACGGACCGUCCACAGUGUCAUCAACCGAUCACCGCACCAUCUAUUAUCAGAAAUCAUUUUGGUCGACGAUGCAAGCGAACGAGAAUUUCUGAAGACUCCAUUGGAAAAUUAUGUCAAGCAAUUGGAAGUACCAGUCAAAAUUUUGCGGAUGGAACAGAGGUCGGGACUGAUACGAGCACGCCUUAGAGGAGCAAAUAUUUCAAGGGGCCAAGUGAUAACUUUCCUUGAUGCUCAUUGUGAAUGCACAUUUGGAUGGUUAGAACCUCUACUAGCUAGAAUAAAAGAAGAGAGGAAAACGGUGGUUUGUCCAAUAAUCGAUGUAAUAAGCGAUGACACAUUUGAGUAUAUGGCCGGUUCAGACAUGACUUACGGUGGAUUUAAUUGGAAAUUGAAUUUUCGCUGGUACCCUGUUCCCCAGAGAGAAAUGGACAGGAGGAAGGGAGACCGAACGUUACCAGUAAGGACGCCUACAAUGGCUGGCGGUCUGUUCUCCAUUGACAAAAAUUACUUUGAAGAACUAGGAACCUAUGAUUCAGGAAUGGACAUAUGGGGAGGAGAAAACCUAGAAAUGUCUUUUAGGAUCUGGCAGUGUGGUGGAUCACUUGAGAUCGUAACUUGUUCUCAUGUUGGCCAUGUGUUUCGGAAAGCAACUCCUUAUACGUUUCCUGGUGGAACCGGUCAUGUAAUCAACAAAAACAAUAGACGCCUUGCAGAAGUAUGGAUGGAUGACUUUAAAGAUUUCUUCUAUAUUAUAUCUCCAGGUGUUGUCAAGGUUGAUUAUGGGGAUGUUACAAAGAGGAAAUCUCUACGACAAAGACUGAAAUGUAAACCAUUUGCCUGGUAUCUAGAAACAAUUUAUCCGGACUCCCAGAUUCCACGGCGUUACUUUUCUCUCGGUGAGAUAAGAAAUGUAGAAACGAACCAAUGUCUAGAUAAUAUGGGUCGUAAAGAAAAUGAAAAAGUUGGCAUCUUCAAUUGUCAUGGCAUGGGAGGAAAUCAGGUCUUCUCUUACACGGCAGAUAAAGAAAUUCGUACAGAUGAUUUAUGCCUGGACGUAUCUCGGUUGAAUGGCCCCAUCAUCAUGCUCAAGUGCCAUCACAUGAGAGGUAACCAGCUCUGGGAAUAUGACGCUGAGCAUUUUGUACUGAGACAUAUAAACAGCAACCAGUGCUUGGAUGAGCCGACAGAUGAGGAUAAAAUGGUCCCCACCAUGAAAGAAUGCAACGGAAGCCGAUCCCAACAGUGGCUGUUACGUAACAUGACCUUGAGUGCAUGAAGCUCCACGGUGGUUGACGAAACGGCCUCAAUUGCAAAGUCUGAAGACCUUAAUUAACAGCUAUAAGAACACUUGAAUGGAAAAUGACACUUUCUUCACUCUCACUGACAUAAAAUAAUUGAAAAACCUCUUUGAUUCCACCUGGGAGGACAUAAAUAGCACUUUUUCUAAUUAUUCUUCCGUUAACGAUACCUGACUCUACAUGCCCAGCUGCAAAUUGUGUCUGUUUACUGGAGGAAUAGGACAGGCACUCUGGAGGCUGUAUAUAGCGAUGCACCCCAGGAUCCACUAUAUUCGUCAAAGAAAUGAAAUGAGAGAAAAUUGGAUAUAUUGUAAAGUAAAAUAAUAUUUUAUUACAAAAACAUAGGCCCCGCACCCGGGUGUGUGCAGGAAUGAUCAUAGAGAGCGCUGAAGUCAUCACAUGUCGACUCUCUUUUGUGUCUGAGGGCUCUUUGGGAUAUGUUAAAACAUGAGAGAUCUUUAGUAUAGAGAGUGUCCAGUGUACCCCACAUUUCUUCUUAUCUGAUGCCCCCUGAUUCUAAAGUCUCUUAGGACAAUUCAAAAAGUUGGCACAGGAACGGGCUUGCCUAUUAUAUUGGCCUAAAUGGUUAUUAUAAUGCGUGGGAGUAGCUGGAGGUGGGAUGGUGCUGCAUGUAGGGUUACUACCACCACUGGUCCAACCAGUAAUAAGUUGUGGUAUCAACUUAUCCACAGGAUAGGAUAAGGGAUAUGCACCUGAUUGGGGGCGGUUUAGCCGCUUGUACCCCCACAAAUCGUGAGAACAAGGGUCCCUUGCACCCAUAUGAAUGGAGAGAUGGGUUGAGCAUGUGUGCUGGAGAUAGUCAGACAGUCCCCUAGAGAAUGAAUGGAGCAGUAGGGCAUGUGUAAUUGGCCACCCCAUUCAUAUGGUUGCAUGAGACCCCCAUUGUAGUGGCCUGUGGGUACCAUUGGAUACCCACCCAUCGCAUGGUCGUUGCUGGUAAUAUAUAUAUAUAUAUAUAUAUAUAUAUUUCUUAAAUCAGGCGAUGGCAUGGGGGCAUGGUCCUACAGAACGUUGGCAGGAGCAACCAUCCCUAUUAACAUUAGCAGUAAGAAGUUAAGGAUGGGAUUAGCACCGCUAUGGCAGGCUUGCAGACAGCCGGAGAAACUCAUGCAAGAAUGCCAACAAGAUUUAUUCAGAUUAUUCAGAUUUUAAUUCUCUAUUGGGUAGAGUCAUAUUUGGUAGCCAUGUCAAUGUACCAUCAUAGAUUUUUUUUUCUCCUGUGGGUAUCUAUGCUGUGAAACAGUGACUUUUUGCAUUGGCUGCCAAAAAUUCUACUUAAAUCUCUGUACAAAAAUUAUUGACAAAUAAUUAAAGUGAUAUUCCGGGGAGUUCCAUAUUGAUGAUCACUCAAGAUAGGUCAUCGAUAUAAGGUUGGUUGGGAUCCGACUCUGGGCGCACUCACCGAUCAGCUGUUUGAAGAGGCUUCUUCCUAGGCCAAUGACUUCACAUACAUCGUUUACCUAGGCGCAGCUCGGUCCCAAUCAGGUGAACAGGCCUGAGAUGUGAUACUGAGAACAACCAUAAUACAAUGUGAGGCGGUGCGUUUGGUGAGCUGUGAGUAGGCCACUGUGUUCACUGAGAACCAUAGUCUUAUCAAACAGCCGGGGUUUCUAGUAGUUGGACCUCACCAAUCAGAUAUUGAAGACCCAUCCUAAAAGGUAAUCAUUUUCUUAAGAGGCAAAUCACUCUCUGUAUGAAGCCACAGCUAUGAAGCCAUGAGCAGGCAUCAAUGUGUGGCAUAAUUUUCAGCAGUUUGUGAGGCUAUGCCCCCUUCUGAUAAACCACACCCAUUUUCCUAGUGCAUUUUAAAAGGAGAUGAUAAAAUUGCAAAGAAAUAAAAUAAGUAAAAACAAUUGAACCAAAAUUUGCACGGUUUAUGCCAUAAGGCUACAGUGAAGCCAUUGAUAAAUUCCCAUCUGUAUCUUUGCUUGGGUGAACAAGAGCCCAGCUACCCCUCUGUAUGAUGAGGUCUACGUGAACCCGAUUUAAGAAAACUAAAGCUGCCAUGACGUGCAAAAUUUGUCAAACGUUCUGUCAUAUUCUUGAUUAACUUCAACCAUUUUCUAUCAUAUUUAGACUGACAUGUGACCCCCCCCCCCCCCACAUAACA